UAAGUGAUAUGUUGUUAUCGUUCUUAUAAGCUUAUUUCUCCAAGAUCGAUGAGCGGUUCUUGGAGGAGGCCAUUGGAAGAUUAGUUUUGCUUUGAAACUAAAAAUGCUAUCAUCUAACCUGCUUAUCACCUUUAACAUCGCCAUUUCAGAAUCGAAUGGGAAUGUAGUGAAUUCUGAGGUGACCACUUUUCUACGAUUCUAUCUCAUGAAGGGGUGAGACGCGGAAGGAUGUGCGCAUUUCUGGAAUUCUUCGCCGUUCAUUGAUUUUGAUUUUCGCCCUAUUUUUGUUCAAUUUUUUUCACAUGCUCCUUCAUUCUGAAUGUUGCAUCCAAUAUCCUUCUCCGCCGAAUCAGAUUACUGAAUUUUGUUUCAUGUAGUCAAGGGGUACAGAUAUGUCGCUGAAAAUAGCUUGCUUGGUUUGGACCUUAACAUUGUGGCAUUUAGUGUCUCCAGAAGACUCGUUUUGUGGAAACAAAUGUUUUGGUGAAGGUCUCGUCACGUCUCGCUCCUGUUAUUGUGACAGCGCUUGCGAAUUUUACAAUGAUUGCUGUGCGGAUUCUGAAUACUUUAAGACGAACUCGACAAAUGUCACUAAGCAAUUUAUUUGCAAGCGAAAAACUCUAAUGGUAAACAGUUGCGUCAAAGAAUGGACCGGCCCUGAUUUUAUAAUAAAAUCUUGCAAGAGUGACUCUAGCAACGAUGUGGAUCCUGUUGGUAACACGCCAGUAACCAGUGAAACUACUGGUGCUACUUACAGCAACUACUACUGCGCCAUUUGCAAUGGCGAUGCUGAAAAACUCAUCGUAUGGAAUAUAAAACUUUCCUGCCCUCAACUUAGCGUUGACUCGCCCAUCAAGAAAGACGACGCUUUCAAGUAUAUUUUCUAUAACCAUCCUACAAGCGAGUGGGGCUACGUCUUGCGUGACGAUGCGACUAAAAAGAUGUCCUUCCACGGUUGCGCGAUAUCUAACGAUGUUCCAGAUAUUCUCGAACUGAAAGUUAGGGCAUGCGAUAGUGAAGAAGUUAGAACCUGUGCUUCAACAUGGAAAAGAGACCUCAUCAACGAAAUGUGCACCAGUGGUUAUACAGAUCCUGUCUACAGCAAUGGCACCAAGUACAAGAACUUCUACUGCGCCAUUUGCAACCGUGUGGACCAGUCUCAAGUCAGUUGUGGGCAAGCCAUAGGACCCAGAACAAGCCAGAAGCCGGAAUCGGAGGAUAAGAAUAAUUUCAGCUUUUCUUUGCUUUUGGAUAUAAAUUUUGCAGAAGGGAAUCUCGUUGGAAAACGUCUUGCGGAAGAGGCCUGUGUGAAGGGAGAGAUCUUCGAUCCUUUUGCAAGACGAUGCAGGAAUAUCGUGUGUGGAAUUCCCGGCUAUGUGCUUCAGAACGGGCUGUGCGUCGCAGAUCCACUCUGACAAAGGAAAGGAUGGAAGUGGGACUGCGCAUCCGGGAUUUUCUGUGCGAAGCUGAUUUUGUCAGAAGACAGAUGAAAAAAAAUAAUAUUGGUUUUAUCUUUCUUUCACGAUUUGUAAGUGUCCCUUUAAACAAAUAAAAUCGACAUUCGUCUCAUGCAUGGAUAACUACUUAUGAAGUAAAAAUGGAGAAUUCGAAAUGCCUUGUAUAAUUGCUGGACAAAGAAUUUUUAAUUAUAUUUAAAGGUAUUACCUUUUAUUGUGGAAUAAAUUUUUUAAAAUUUUC